ACAGACACCCGCAGAGCUUUUGACAAGUCUACACGCCAUCCCUUCCCCCACCCGCGGUUAGACUGUACAGCACUUGCCAGGAUACUUCCUCUCGCUCACUCCCCUUCUUAUAUUCAGCACCUUCUCCAUUUUCUCCACUUCAUGUAUCCUCUUCCCUAGCAUUACAUAAAUCCCUAGUCUUUGUACUCCAGACAAACAACAAAAGCACAUAGUACUUCUUUGCCCUUCUCUCUCGCAAAACUCAAGCCGAAAGAUUGUAUUUUGAAGAAGAAGAAGGAAAAGAAAGCGAAGAUGGAGAGCAAUCAAUCAUCCUUCUGGCAAUUCAGUGAUCAACUCCGUUUACAAACCAAUAGCUUAGCCAAUCUUUCCCUCAAUGAUUCGAUUUGGAGCAAUUCUUAUGUGUCCAAAAGGCCUGAAGAAAGGAGAAACUUUGAUAUCAGGGUUGGUGGUGAGGUCAAUUCAUUAGGCAGCAGCAAUUUGAAGUCUGAUUUUAAUCAGGGGUUCAGCAAUGAUUCUGGCUGGAACAACAACAACAACAACAAUAAUUACAACAUCAGCAACAAGUUUGGAUCUUUUGGUGGUUCUUCUACAAAAGGCGGUUUUGAAAAUGUUGGGGUGGGUUUAAAUGGUGGAUUUAAUAAGGGGAUCUACAAUUCCUCUGCAGUUAAUUUGGCUAAUUACAGUAAGGGAAAUAAUAAUGUGGUGGCGAAUGGUAAAUUGUUCUAUGGCAAAAGUGGUAAAGUUGCUGAUUUGGAUGAGCUUGGAAUUGUGCAUGUGGGUGGUAAAGGUGGCAAGAAGAACAAGGGUAAUAAGGAUAUCAACAAGGAGAGUUCUAAUAAUAACAAUAACAACAAUGGCGAUGGCAAAAAUGGGGUGGACAAGAGGUUCAAGACUUUGCCACCAUCUGAGUCUCUGCCCAGGAAUGAGACUGUUGGUGGAUAUAUUUUCGUCUGCAACAAUGAUACGAUGCAAGAAAAUCUCAAAAGACAGCUUUUUGGCUUGCCUCCCCGCUACCGAGAUUCUGUCAGAGCGAUAACACCGGGAUUGCCCCUGUUCCUCUACAAUUAUUCCACCCACCAACUCCAUGGAAUUUUUGAGGCUGCGAGUUUUGGUGGAACUAACAUUGACCCUUCAGCCUGGGAGGACAAGAAGAACCCUGGUGAAUCGCGUUUCCCUGCUCAGGUUCGUGUGAUGACUAGGAAGAUUUGUGAACCUAUGGAGGAAGACUCUUUUAGGCCAAUCCUUCACCACUAUGAUGGCCCUAAAUUCCGUCUCGAAUUGAGUGUUCCUGAGGCCCUCUCUCUUCUGGAUAUAUUUGAUGACAACAAUUAAUGCCUAGAGCGAGCGUCCUAUGAUGUUAAUCCAUCUGGGAACUGGCCGCCGGGCCGGCCAACAAUUAAUGCAGAGUUUGUACCAAACCAACACACGAUCAAGAACGGAACAGCAGAUGGAAGAAGUGCAUAGUAUUACGUAGCAGUACAAUGAAUAUUUUACUCUAGAGGUUGAAGGCAGGCGCUAUGUAUUACGUAUUAUGUGUUAUGGAAGAACGGAGCUACUAGCUAUGUACACAGAUCAUCGUCGUCAUCAUCAUCAUGUGUGUUUAAAAAAGAGAGAGAGAGAUUAAGUGUGCUUUUUUUGUGCAAUGUGGCACGUUACGCCCUCACAUACUCUACAGAUUCUAAAGUGAAAAAAGUAAUAAUAAAGCGAUAAAGAGGCCAUCAUCCAUAGUAGUAGUGGCUAUUAUAUGGCAGUUGAACUGCUCUUAUUAUUAUACAGUAGUUGUUAUUGUUAGAGGUUGGUGUUGCUUUUCUUUUACUCGGGGCAUGGUAUGGUUGAGAAUGCCUAGUCCAAAAAUUUGGCUCAAGAAGAAGAAGAAGAAGAAGAGGGAGUGAUUCCAUUGGGCAAAUAAUAAAAGAUGGCCCGAUCGCUUAAAGAAAGUUGAAACUACUGCAACGACUCUCAUCAUUUCCUGCAAAUUUAGAGCCAGCUGCCUGCUGCAAUCCACUCCACCCACCCGCUGGUAGAUGUGAUUAUUAUUUGUUUGUUUAUUAAUUAAGGUGGUGGUGGUAGCGACUAGCGAGUGAGUAUUUGACCGCUACAUAUUAACGCGCUAAUAUGAUGUUUAUUAGUAUUUGGGCUAUGACUCGCGAUGAAGUAUGGACGGCUGUUACUUCA